AUGGGAAGAAAAUUCUUUGUGGGAGGAAACUGGAAAUGCAAUGGCACAAGCGAUGAGGUUAAGAAAAUUGUCACUUGGUUGAACGAAGCUGAAGUUCCUUCAGAAGACGAUGUGGAGGUUGUCGUUAGUCCUCCCUUCGUGUUUCUUUCGCUGGUUAAAACCUUACUGCGGUCUGAUUUUGCCAUUGCUGCUCAAAACUGCUGGGUCCGCAAGGGGGGUGCCUUCACCGGUGAGAUCAGUGCUGAGAUGUUAAUCAACUUGGGCAUUCCCUGGGUCAUUCUUGGUCACUCUGAGAGAAGACUUCUACUAAAUGAAACGAACGAGUUUGUUGGUGAUAAAGUUGGUUAUGCCCUUACUCAAGGUUUGAAAGUGAUUGCUUGUGUUGGUGAGACCCUUGAGCAGCGAGAAUCUGGAUCUACGAUGGCCGUAGUUGCAGCGCAAACAAAAUCUAUUGCAGAACAUAUUUCGAACUGGUCCAACGUUGUCUUGGCUUACGAACCAGUUUGGGCCAUUGGUACUGGAAAGGUUGCUACUCCAGCUCAAGCUCAAGAAGUCCAUUCUGAACUGAGGAAGUGGCUGCAUGAAAAUGUUGGUCCUGAAGUUGCCGCAUCAACAAGAAUAAUAUACGGAGGUUCUGUGAAUGGAGCAAACUGCAAAGAACUGGCAGCAAAGCCUGAUGUUGAUGGAUUUUUGGUUGGUGGAGCCUCACUCAAGCCCGAGUUCAUCGACAUCAUCAAGUCUUCAACUGUGAAGAAGAGUACUUAA